CUCACAUUGUAAAGAUGGCUACCAUGUCAGGACUACUUAAACCGUGGUUACCAAGGGUGUUCCUGGUAAGAUGGAGCAGGUAUAACCCCUACUAUCUGGAGCCAGAUGUCAGGAAGGAGACAUACAGCAGACCAGAGGCGGAGCUGACUGCUGAGGAGAAAGAGCAGCAGCAGCUCAAAGUACUCAGACCCAUCAAGGCAGCAACUAAUGGAGUCACAAGCUCUGUUUUCAGUGACCCAGUCAUCAGUAAAUUCAUCAAUAUGAUGAUGAAACACGGAGACAAGAUUCUGGCCAGAGAGAUCAUGACACAAACCCUGGAGAGCAUAAAGAGGAUACAGGUGGAGAAAUACCACAAAGCUCCUGAGGUGAAAAAGGAGGAGAUUGAGUGUAACCCCUACACAAUUUUUCAUCAGGCUCUGGAGAAUUGUAAGCCUGUGGUUGGGCUGGCAAGCAUACAGAAAGGUGGCAAGUACUACCAGGUGCCUGUCCCUCUUACAGACAACCGACGUCGCUUCCUUGCUAUGAAAUGGAUGAUGACAGAGUGCAGGGACAACAAACACAGACGCACGCGCAUGUAUGAAAAACUUUCCCAAGAACUGUUGGCAGCAUACAUGAAGGAGGGUAAUGUCAUCAAGAAGAAACAUGAGCUGCACAAGAUGGCAGAAUCCAACAGGGCUUAUGCCCACUACCGCUGGUGGUAGAAAAAAAAAAUCUUUGGACUAAAAAUACUGUCAAUUCAAAGGUCUCCUCCGAUUGACAAACUGGACAGACAUUGUGCUGGUCAUGGAUGAUUCACUGACCCAAUGAGCCACUCAUUGAGUGAGAGUUUGACUGUAAAUAGUAAACACCAAAUAAAUCUUUCAGUGGAAAGACUGCAAUGUA